AGAAAAUAAAAUAAAAUAAAAACACCCAACGAACGAACACCUUCGAACGUAACAGGAACAAUCACACGGGAACAACAUGGCUUCGUCAUUUCUGAAAGGAUUGCCAGUAUACAAUGAACAGAAUUUUAGCAGGUUCCAGGGAGACCCCAGUGGGCGUACCUCAUACAAGAAGCCACCUGUUUAUUUACCCACAAAAGACAGCCCUGGAUCGCAAGAAAUUGUAACAGAAAAGACAAACAUUCUCUUACGCUAUCUUCAUCAGCAGUGGGAAAAGAAGUGUCCUAAAAAGAAACGGGAAACAGGAAGCGGCAGCAACGAAGAGGAAGCCCCUCGCAACAAGCGGGCCCGAUUAGAUCCAGGUCCCUCCUCUGACUCCCCCUAGCCACCCUCACAGCUCUGCUAGUGAAAGAAAAAGACUGUUUGUAGGACGUCUGGGUGAGGUGAUCUUAUAGUGUUCAGAAGUGGGUGGCCACUCCUAGUCCAGCCGAAAGCUAUAUUGUCAUAAUCAUUCCUGAAGUGGAAGGAUCAUGCUCAGAAAUGAAUCUGCUGAAGGAUGGAAUGUAUCUCAUAGGUUACAUUUGUGAAGUUUGUGGUGAAAACGGGGCAGCGAAAGACUGAUGCUCGUUUUUUCUUGACAAGUUUUGUGUGAGUGGGACACAAAAAAAUAUAAGGAAAUAAGAUAAUAAUUCAAUGUUGUAACAUUGUAAAAGGAGUUUGUUUAGAGGUGAAUGAAAUGUUUAUAUGAUAGUGUAAGAUAUAUUUUUUGAAGGUUUACAUGGUCUUCCUUCACACAAUAUUGUAUUUUUUUUCUUUUAUAAUUAUGUUAGUGGAGCAUAUUAACUUAAAAAUAAUUUAGUAAUGAUAUUGGCUAUUAUUUUAGAUCCAAAUUUUAGAAGCAUGUAGUGCAAAUAUAAGCAAAAAAACAAACAAACAGACAAGAAAACAUAUGUAACAUUAUUUCGUAAAUACAUGGAGGAAUAGAUUCUUAUUGGCCAUAGAUAUUUCAGAGAUGUGAGAAAGGCAAAGAAAAAAUAAAAAUUUCAAGGGAGGA